AUGGCCAGCCAGCUCUUCCACGAUCCAACACUCUAUCGUCGCCUCGCCGGGUCUCUACAAUAUCUCUCCAUCACUUGUCCGGACAUCACCUUCGCAACCAACCAAGUUUGUCAACAUAUGCACCAACCCAUGGUACAAGACUUUCAAGCUCUCAAGGGGUUGCUCUGGUACAUCAAAGGCACACUGGCAUUCGGACUGCCAAUUACACCAGGCAACCUGACCCUUCGGACAUACACCGAUGCCGAUUGGGAUUCGAACGCCUAUGACCGGAAGUCGAUCUCCGGCUUCUGCACCUUCUUGGGACCAAAUCUCAUCUCUUGGUCAGUCAAGAAGCAAGUAACCAUCGCCAAAUCCUCCACUGAGGCCGAGUACAGAUCACUCUAA